CACGGUUCAGCCUGUGACCACACACACACACACACACACACACACACACACACACCGGCAGAGAGUAUAAAAGGGGCAUCCUUCCCACUCAUCGGAGAAGUGCUCUCCUAACGCUCACACACUCCCUUGAACCAACCAAACCUCUUUUGUCAAGAUGCCUGCAGGGCUGAGUGUGUGUGUGUUUCUGGUGGUCCUGUGUUCAAGCUCUACAGGGCUCGCCCUCUCCGCCCAUCUCGGGGACGAGGACCAGCGUCCCCGCUCUGAAGAAGCCCACCUGCAAGCCGACACCCACACUUUGGGGGAGUCCCAUCUCCGAUACAGUCGGUCUGCACCCCAACUCAAAGCGCUCCCCGUGUCCCAGGAAGAUGGCGAUUCGCAGGCCAACCUCGGCGAGCUACUGGCCAGACUGCUUUCCUCCAGGAAAGCAGGUUCCGUGCGCCGGAACUCGUCAGCCGACAGCAGAGGCGCAGGCCCGAGCGGCGCCAACCACCGGAUAGCGGACAGGGACUACAUGGGCUGGAUGGAUUUCGGACGGCGCAGCGCCGAGGAGUACGAGUACCCCUCGUAGAACGGAACCGCUCCACCGUCGGCCGGCCCCUCCACACACACAAUACGUCUAUAUGAUGAGAUUGUACAUUUGUUUGUAAUGUACUGUUAAAUGCAAUAUACAUAUGCCAAACCUUUGCCUCUCUGUCAUCGAUUUGUUGGUUUAUCGUAUGGAAAUGUGGUGUCAGGGUACAUUGAGACAUGCUAGACUGAAUACAUAUUUAAAAAAUAUAUAUAUAUAUAUAUAUAUAUAUAUAUAUAUAUAUAUAUAUAUAUAUAUGAUGGCUGGUUUCUCAGUCUUUCAAGCCAACUUUUUGAGGCAGACGGCGACAUUUUUUUCCCCCCCUCAUUUCUAAUUGUCAUGUGGGCUUCUGUUGGGACUUUUGAACAAGCAUCGUCCUCAAUUCUUGUACUGUACUGUAAUUUGGUGUAUUAUAAGUAAUAACUGCGAAUCAUCUAUACAAAAAUAAAACUAAAUAUUACCAUA